AUGGGUAUUCUCGAACGAAUAGCCGACAUCGAGAAGGAGAUGUCUCGAACGCAGAAAAACAAGGCCACGGAAUCACACCUGGGGACGUUGAAGGCGAAGUUGGCAAAACUAAAGCGCGAACUUUUAGAACCGCAGAAAGGAGGAGGAUCUUCGGAAGAGAGAGGCUUUGAGGUGAACAGAUACGGUCACGGACGAGUCGCGCUGAUUGGGUUUCCGUCCGUGGGGAAGUCUACGUUAUUGUCAGAACUCACCAGCACGGAAAGCGAAGCGGCAAACUAUGAAUUCACAACGUUGACGUGUAUUCCUGGGGUGAUACAUUACAACGACGCCAAAAUACAACUGCUGGAUUUGCCUGGAAUUAUCGAAGGCGCGAGCGAAGGGAAAGGGAGAGGGAGACAAGUCAUUGCAGUCGCGAAGAGUUCGGAUUUAAUCUUGAUGGUUUUAGACGCGAUGAAAUCGGAAGCCGCGAAUACCACGUACGCGCACAAACAAAUAUUGACGAGAGAGCUCGAGGCGGUCGGGUUGCGCUUAAAUCAAACGCUGCCGCGAAUAUACGUCAAGAAGAAGAAAUCCGGAGGCGUUCAAGUUUCGGAUACCGUACCAGGGGGCUUGACCAAAAUCGAUCGCAAAGCAAUCAUGAACGUUUUACACGAGUAUAAACUGAACCAUUGCGAAGUGAUUUUUAGAGAAGACUGCACGGUUGAUCAGUUCAUAGACGUCUUAGAAGGAAAUAGAAAGUACAUCAAGUGUCUGUACGUGUAUAAUAAAGUGGACGCGCUGACAAUUGAGGAGGUGGACAGAUUGAGUCGAAGGCCUGAUUCGAUAUGUAUUUCGUGCACGAAACAGCUCGGCUACGAUAGAUUAUUAGAAUCGGUAUGGAACGCGAUGGGUUUGGUUCGCGUAUACGCAAAGAAGAUGGGUGAGAAGCCAGAUUUUGAAGAACCGGUAGUUUUAUCCGAAGCGAGAGGCGGGAUCACGCUGAACCAAUUCGCCGAACAAUUACACGCGGAGUUGCCGAAACAGUUGAAGUACGCGUUAGUGUGGGGCUAUUCCGCAAAACACAUGGGCCAGCGCUGUGGUCUAAAGCAUCGGCUCAUGGACGAAGACGUCGUGCAAGUCGUCAAAGGUACCGCCCAUCUAGACGAAGGUAUCGGAAGAUUUUCUCAAUCGAAAAAAGACGAACCGGCGAGGAUAGCGGACCGCGUGAAAAAGAAGAAGCUGAUUUCAUAA